AUGGGAGACCUCGAUAGCAAUCUGGAGGAAAGCCUCAGGCGGCUGAUCAUCGGCACGCGGUUCCCAGAUCAAGAGCAGUGCGGCUCUUCGAUGCCGAGCGACUUCACGCCCGCACCUCCGCGCCUGUUCGACAAUGCCCCUGGGCCAUGCAACGCGUACUUCCCUGCUCCGGGAAACCCGCCUCUGCCGGAUCGGGUGUCGCCAAAAAAUGCAGUUCCGCCGCAGCCUCCUCCCACGAACCACGGCUCUUUUCCACGCAUUCCAGAGCCACCUUUCGGGGAUUUUUUCUCAGGCUUACCGUCGUUCCCUUCCGACUUGACGGCGCUCUGCGUAGGUGCCGGGCACCACGUGCUCUCAGCGCCUUCGGCUCCGCCCAAGCACGACUGCGAUGGCUCAAGUGUUGGCCGCUGUGAACCCGCAGAGAGUGCCGGCGACAAACACAGCGUAGACCGCACUCGGCUGCCUUCUCUGAAGAAGGGUAGCGACCGGCCUCGGAGCAACGGGGCAUACCCAGCCUCUGCGCCUGACAGCCGCCAGCACGCGUACCUCCCCGAACAGAAGGCGCCGACGGAGGGGAGUCCUACGGCGUCAUGUUCCUCCAAAUCGCAGCCUGCUCCUCCGCCCUCUGCGAUGCUCAACAAUUCGGGUGCGACGCGAACACCUGGUCCGCCGCCUUCGUUAGCGCUGCCCCCAGAAAUCAUGAACAGUGGGAGAGACGCGUGCGUCCUGGUGACGCUGCCGCUGUGCUUGCCUUACGGGAAGAUCCUUAAUGUCUGUGGAGAGUCGGAGACAAGCUGUUGCAAGCGAAACUACUACUGCAUCAGUCCGAAGCUGAACUACGCCGCGUGGAAACUCUUUGCACACUCCGGCGGCAUCUGCGAUACGUACGCAGCUGCGCUGCACGUGGAAGUCGCCAUCAUCCACGUGCCCGAACCCCUUCUUCCUCAAGUCGCCGACCUCUUCAUGAAGCACGCCGCGCAAGCAGACUUCCACUUCGACAGCCCUCUCCAACUCAAGUGCGGGAAUCUUCAGGAGAGACCGGCACCCGUCAGGGCGGGAGGAAAAGUCCUGACUCUCGAGUGCUUCUUCGGCGACCAACAAGAGCGAAAGAAGCUGGCCGCCAUUGAACACUUUCUUAGCUGCUUCCGAACCGAGCUGGAAUACCUCAUAUCUGCGCACCGGCCUCACCGAUCCGGUCACUCCGGAAGGAAACCGAACAUUUGGCGACUUUCCAGAAACCAGCCAGGUUGGCGAAACGGCGGCCAUCACCGGGGACCGCGACUCGAUGUGACAGUCCGAGCUUUCCAGCAGCAAGGGUCGCAGCCUGCGACUGCGGGGAGCGGAAUCCAAGAAGCAAAUGGGCUCGUUGCUGAUGUGUGCGCGAGCGAAAUCCGAUUGGUAACGACGCGGAGUUACGGCCAGCUUACCACCAAGGCAGAUCCGCGAUUCGCUGAGAGCAAAGUUGGGACGCGCUGCCUUCUCCGAGCUCAGCGGACCACCGGAUCGAAGACCGGGUUCACAGUGCCGUGUCGGAAAGUGUUUGCGCCCCAACAAGUGCCUGAAGUUUUGCCUCUCGUCUUCCGGCCAGGUUCGCUGAUCAGUCAAGAGCAGCAGCGAGCCUGCGUGGAGUGGGAAGUGACGCAUCGCAUGGAAAAAGAAGCCGUCGCGCCACGGCGUGCGGACCCGCCUUCGGCUCCGCUGUCUUCACUGCCAGCGGGAAAGGCGCACCACUCCGGCGCCCCAGGCGCGGGACUGUCUCUGCCUGCAGUGUCUCUCCCCGGCCUCAGCAUUGAAGGCGACCUGGGAAGUGUGCGCGGCUGCGAGGACUCGGACGUGUGUCUCAGCCUGUACGGGCGAAGCCCCGCUGGAGACUCCAGCAGCACCCGGGAAAGCGGCGGAAGUUUGUCCCCGCCAGCUAGCCACGGCCGGGAAGGCAGCACGCCAGGCAGUUCCAAGCAAUCUGACCCGCCCGUCACGUUGCUGAGUCGCCUUGGCUAUGUGCCGUGGAGAGGCGGAGACCUCGGAUCUGAGAGCCGAGUCGUUGCGCCCCACGAUUUGGCGAAAGAUGACCUUCUCUUGAACGCCUCAGCGGACUCAGCUGCUGCACAGGCUUUGGACCUCGGCGCCUGGCCGGCCCCGGCUGCGUCGACGGCGCUGCCCAGGAGCGCGGAGCAGAGCGGCAACUUCCCGACCCCCGACGGGGCUCGCUUGCCUGUCCAGUCCCAGGAUUUGUGGGUCUUUCUGCCCGCGUUGCUCGACGCGCUGCGAGCAGGACGAGACGUGGGUCGCGAGGCGGGCGUGCCGGAAGCCGAGAAGGAUUUGGGAGUCGGCGGCGACGAGAGAAGGGAAGACUGGAGCGGACGCGGGCGGCAUCGCGGCUCUGUUGGGUCUUGCCACUCGCAAGGCAGCACAGGGAUGGGAGCCCUGUCGGAUCGGAGCGCUGCCUCGGCGUUUCCCUACGUCUUCGACGGGUUUGGUCCCGCCGCGCGGUCUGUGGGAAUGGAGAUGCAGAGUGGAAUGGUCCCAGGUUCUCAGGCCGUGCCGCCGCGCCGUGACGUUUUUUCGUCCUCUCACGACGCGUUGAACGAGUUCUUGCUGUCGCUGACUUCAACGCCCUCUUCAGCGGAUUCGCAUUCGUGA